CUGUGUGAUCCAACUGAAACGGGAGUGGGUCACGGAGUAGUAUGUUGUUAGUGAAACAGUAUUUCUUAUAGUUAAAGAAUAUGAAUUGUAAAAUAUUAUUAUGGAGCUAGAUAUGUAAAUUACAUUAAAUCAUAAGUUUUAAGAAAAAAGCUCGGUAAGAGCUAUUAUUAUAACCUAAAUUAGUCAACCAGUGUAGAUAAAUGAAGAGGUGACAAACGCCUCUGAUAUUGCAUUGAAUCAUAGUUAGUUUGAAUGCCAUUACCAGUACUACACGCUUUUCAUCUUGCAAUAUAUUUUUCGUGGUGAUAUCAAGAGUUUGAGGAUAUUUAGUUGCUAGAUAGAACCCAGCCAAAAUGGAAACCGUUUACGAUUGGUAUAAAGACCUUAUGGAUAGCAAAAGUGACCCCCGAGUGAACGACUGGGCGAUGAUGUCGUCUCCGUGGCCAACGUUGGCCGCUUGUUUGUGCUACGCCUUCUGCGCCAUAAAAUUGGGACCAACAUUAAUGGCCAAUCGCAAGCCAUUCGAACUAAGAAAUGUGCUCGUUGUUUACAAUUUCGCCCAGACAGUAUUCAGCGCCUGGAUUUUCUACGAGUAUCUGAUGAGCGGAUGGCUGGGCCACUACGACUUCAGAUGUCAACUCGUCGACUACUCGCGACACCCCCGUGCGAUGAGGAUGGCAAACACAUGCUGGUGGUACUACUUCAGCAAGUUCACUGAAUUCUUCGACACGCUGUUCUUUGUGCUGAGAAAGAAGAACGAGCACGUGUCCACUCUUCACGUCAUCCACCACGGCAUCAUGCCCAUGUCCGUCUGGUUCGGGCUCAAGUUUGCACCGGGCGGUCACAGCACAUUCUUCGCGCUGUUGAACACGUUCGUGCACAUCGUGAUGUACUUCUACUAUAUGGUGUCGGCGAUGGGCCCCAGGUACCAGAAAUACAUUUGGUGGAAGAAGUACCUCACCGCCUUCCAAAUGGUUCAGUUCGUGCUGAUCUUCAGCCACCAGCUGCAGGUGCUGUUCCGGCCCUCGUGCCAGUACCCGCGCCCCUUCGUCUACUGGAUCGCGAUGCACGGCUUCCUCUUCCUCUUUCUCUUCUCGGACUUCUACAAGGCGCGUUACAACAAGGCCGGCAGGAAGGCCAAUACUAACAACGGACUUUGUAUGGCUGUAAUGAACGAGAACGGCAGUUUGAACGGAAAGAACGGGUACAAGCAGGAGGUGGCAUCCGAAGUCCCCAACUCGUAUGCUUCUUCUGCGGCUGAUGCCUUCGUCCGCCGAAGACCUAUCUCAUAGUGCAUCAGGGAUUUUAUUGUAGAUUUAAAACGGGACAGUCUUCAAGUUUCCACGAGGUCGCCGAGUUUUCGCUUGUAAUCGCAAUUACUUCGCUGUACUUCUCGGUGGCGGACAGCGGACAACGGACUCCGCUCUCAAUCUAUUUAGGGUAUGCAAUUACAAUAUCGAUGUAAUAUCGAUACUUAUAUCGAUAUGAUAUCGAUAUAAGUAUCGAUAUGAUAUCGAUAAGUAUCGAUAUGAUAUCGAUAAGUAUCGAUAUGAUAUCGAUAAGUAUCGAUAUUUAUUUCGAAGGUGAGAAUAUCGCUUACCGAUCUAUCGACUGUCAUAUAAGAAACUAUUUUUGGAUUUCAAUGAAAUUGUCUUUAAAAAAAUCAAAUUGAGAUCGUGAAAAAUAUAACUGAUGUAACUUCGGAAAAUGAAUUGUAAUUUUUAUUCAGAUGGUAUUCAUGUUUGUUAAAAUGAUGAAUCAUUUUGGAUAAAUGUUUUUAUUAAAGUUAUUACUGACUCUAGUGCCGUUAUCGAUAAUGUAAUUUUAUCGAUACAAUGUUGCAGCCCUAUUUUUAUGCACAAACGCUAUCUUUCAUCGAAAGCCUUAUAUUGUUUAAGUACAAAGUUUUAAGAGAAAACUAUCGAAUUGUUAAGUGUGUUUCGUAGUUGUGUUGUGUCGGUAUGUUCUACGGUGAGUUCUUUAAAGCCGUACUCGGAGACAUUUAAUGGUUACUUAAACAGUCGCUUAAUGUAGAUUUCUACGCUAAGCACCUCACUUAGUGACCAUUUAAUGACAGUACGGUGUUAAAUUUGCAUUUUGUAUCUAAAUGUGUUUAAGGGACGCUAUUUUAUUUGUAUGUAAAUAUAUUUUAUUUUCUUUUAUAGUUAUCUUUUAGGAAGUACAUUUCUUUAUUGAUAAUGUUAUGUAAAUAUUACUUUACUGUUCACGAAUAAAAUUAUUUUUAAUGAAUGUUACCAUAGACUCAUUUAAGCACACAUAUUUCAUUUACAUAAAAUUUCAUAUCUCAUAUGAACAUAUAUAUUUCGAACUGUGAAAACAUAAAUUCCACUUUUUAAUUUCUAUGUUUCAAAUUACUGCUAUAUUCAGAAUUAUUUUGUACAUUUCUUAGUACAAAUCUUCACUAAGGUACUAUUCAAGUAACCUUUAAAUAAUUCUGAGUAAGCAAUACAUAAAGCACAUUAGAUCAUUAUAUUAUCACUUGAAUGGGUUUUUCUAACAAAUUAUCGAAGAAAAUUCACAAACAUAUUUGUUAUUUUCACGCAUCAACAAAGAAAUUGCUUACACGGUUUUUAAAGGUUUUUGACCUGUCUAUGAACUGAUCUUUUUAAUAUUUCGAACAAAUGUUGAAAUGGAAUUGUAUUAGUGUGGCAAAGGUUUUGCGAUACAUUAAUUUCUUUA